AUGGAUGGUGAUAAUCACGGACUAAAACACCAUGACCGCCUGAGAGGCAUAGGCCAUUCCUCCUCGGCUCGAUUGGCGGCCAUGCACAACAACUCGCGCGCAGUAGACUCGUCCGCCCUGUCGGCUGCGGAGAGGGUCCAGCAGAUGCCCUACGCCGACUAUACAGGACACACAGGAACAGCCUUCCAAGCCGGUUCGUUGCAGGCGAACGAGGUGCCUGGGACUUACCAGCAGGACUUUGCGCGCCAUCAGCACCAGCAACCACAGCACCACCAUAGACAACAACAACAACAACAACAGCGUCGCGGACACCUUCAACAACAACAUCAAGACGUACAACACCAGCAGCAGGCGUCCCUCAACCCAUAUGAGUCGGCCAUGCUAUACGGCUUUCAAGGCCCAUCCACGCACAGCCAAGGCGCCUACGAGGUGGUGCCACAGUACUCGGCGCGGCAGUCUGCAGCGACGAUGGACGCUCUGUCGAACCAGUUUGGAGUUCCACAGUACUAUGUGCCAGAGGAACCAUCCAGCGCCGGGGUGGUUCCUCAGUCGGUGCUUUCGCCCUAUCUGAGCGCGCAACUACAGCAGCAGCCAUAUAGUACCAACCCGCAGGCUGCUUCCAUCGCGCGUCCCAGUACGACAGGACAGCAGCAGCCCUUCGCCGCUACAAUGGCGGACUUUACUUCCAUUGGCGCUGCGCCGACGGCGCGAAUAGAUCCGCACCAACAUCACCAGCAACAGCAAUUAUCUGCAGACCCCAGUCUGGACGAGGCAUACAGGCAGUACCAGCGCGCACUCCUCCUGACCUUCGAACACACCCGCGCAGGACGACUAGUCGAAGCGAGCCGCUCCCUCCUCGAAAUCUCCGAGUGGCUUGUGACGAACGCACGCGAUCUCGGAAUCCUCCGCGAUGAUCACCUUCUCUACGCAGACCGGCUCCAGCUCUGGAGCGACUUCAAUCUGUGCUGGCUGGCCGUGUGCCAGAAACAAAAGGAUCUGACGCAUGACCUCGUUGCGACGGGCCAUCCGCCACCGCAGACGAGUCUGCUGCGCCGCGAGCGUCUAGAGGCCAUGGGGAAGGUUCUGAUCCACCUGUGCGAUCAGCUUGAGCAGCACGGCCUCGUCGAUUAUCAGGUGGGGGUGUGGGAAGAGGAGAUCCUCUGUGUGCUUGGCCAAUGCCUAGAUCUGAUCGAAGCCAGACCCGAUCUGCUCCGUCUCCAGCCCGUCCCUGAGCCCGCCGCCGCGAAACCUUGA